GCUUAUUCUCUACCUUACACUCAGCUAGCAAUUCUAAAACACACUUUUAGCCAAACACUAAACACAGGUUGCUACAUUUAAUAAAGCAAUACAAACUGAAUACCCUGUGUUUAUUUUUGGAAUACACUGCCAUGCAAACACCACACCCAUGAACCAAUUGCCCAAACCCAGCCCCCACAGGUGAAAACACUUCUGGAUAAUCUUUACAAAUUAACACCUGAGCCCUAUAAAAGAGGUCACAGGUUACACAUCUUGGUUUGCACAACAAUGGAGGCAAAUGCAGGAGAAAGAGGACAAAGCCAGGGAAGAGGACGAGGAAGAGGACGAGGAUGAGGAAGAGGAAGAGGACAAGCAUGAGCAAGAGCACAAGCACCAGCAAUCGCACCAGCAGCAAGAGCACCAGCACCAGCAAUCGCACCAGCAGCAAGAGCACCAGCAAGAGCACCAGCACCAGCAAGAGCACCAGCAAUUACACCAGCAGCAAGAGCACCAGCAAGAGCACCAGCACCAGCAAUCGCAUCACCAGCAAUCGCACCAGCAAUCGCACCAGCAAGAGCACCAGCAAGAGCACAAGCAAUCGCACCAGCAGCAAGAGCACAAGCAAUCGCACCAGCAGAAAGAGCACCUGCAAGAGCACCAGCACCAGCAGCACCAGCAAGAGCACCAGCAAUCGCACCAGCAGCAAGAGCACCAGCAAGAGCACCAGCAGGAGCACCAGCAAGAGCAACUAUCACCGAUGAGAUCCGGGCCACUCUGGUUGACCAUGUGAUCAACCAUUGGUUGAGUUUUCAUGAGGCUGGGCAGAGGGUUCAGCCUAAUCUAAGCCGCUACACUGUAGCAAACAUUAUCCGGACCUUUCGGAAUGAGAAUAGAACUGCAAGACUACCUCUUACUGGAGGAAGAAGAUGGCCAUUCACCCCAGAGCAGGAAGAGAAAAUCAUAAACAUGGUCAGGGCAGACAACAGCAUACGCCUUCGACAAAUACGACAAUACAUCAUUACAUGUAAAGACAAUGUCACAUUUAGCAAUAUCCAUUCCGUGAGUUUAUCUGCACUGGGCUGUCUCCUUCAUAGACAUCAAGUAAGCAUGAAGCAGAUAUACAGGGUCCCGUUUCAGCGCAACUCUGAACUGGUGAAGCAACUGCGCUAUGAAUGUGCAGAGGGUGAUGGAGCUAGAUGCUGCUGCUAUGGAACAGAAGUUCCUUUACACAGAUGACGCUGGCUUCAACCUUGCCAAAACAAGGCGCAGGGGGAGGAACGUUAUAGGACACUGUGCCAUCGUCCGUGUUCCUGGGCAGCUUGGUGGCAACAUCACAAUGUGUGCAGCUAUAAGCCAGAAUGGUGGUGUUCAUCAGCAUGCCACCCUUGGUCUCUACAACACAGCACACAUCAUCACCUUCCUUGAAACACUGCACAACAUUCUUAUUCCCCAUCACGAGGGGGAGGGACCAGGGCAGUCCAGCAUCGUUGUUGUCUGGGACAAUGUUAGUUUCCACCUGGCUGUUCAGGUCAAAAACUGGUUCACUGAUCAUCCACAAUUCGUUUUGCUUUACCUUCCACCAUACUCUCCAUUCCUGAAUCCCAUUGAGGAGUUCUUUUCAGCAUGGAGGUGGAAGGUAUAUGAUCGGCUGCCCCACCAACGCAUCCCGCUUCUCCAGGCAAUGGAGGAGGCUUGUGGUAACAUUGAUGAGGGGGCGUGCCAGGGGUGGAUACAUCACUCCAGACGGUACUUCCCUAGCUGUCUGGCCAAAGAGGACAUUGCUUGUGAUGUAGAUGAGUUGUUGUGGCCAGACCCAGACAGAAGACAAGACGCACCCUAAUUUUUUUUCCCCUUUGUUUUUCUUUGGAGCUACUGGCCUAUUAUAUUUUUGUGUUUUGUAAUGUUACAGUAUAUACAGCAUGUUUGUUUCAGUAAU